AUGUCAGAAUCAAAGAAACAUCAACUUCCAGACCAACCAGACAAGAAGAGACGCAAGAGGCGGCGCAAUUACGAUGCUUACGACGAGGAGGUAGCGGCAGCAGACUCCAAGAACAAGCAAAACGGUGCAGAAGCCGAUGAAAGCGAUAGCGAGGACGACGAAAAGCUAGAUUUGCUCCCCGCAAAGGAGGACGAGGAAGACGACGAUCUUGCGGAAAUUGAUACCUCAAACAUCAUUCAGAGUGGUCGUCGCACACGUGGUAAGGUCAUUGACUAUAAGAAAACAGCUCAAGAGCUAGACAACGAGGCUGCGCAACGUUCAAAGGGCGAUGAUGCUGCUGCGGACGAUGAAGAGGAUAACGAGGAAGAGACCAAAGACAUCGCUGCUCCCGGAGCAGCCGAUGACGAUGAUGAUGAUGCAGACUUUCAGGAGCCCGCUAAGUAA